AACUCAGGAUGUAGGAGAGGGACGGGGGGGCUGCAGCUGCAUCAGUAACAGGGAAUACUUGGUUCCACCGGGACCUGAUACUUCCACAACUGCACAUUUGGAUCCAAUUUCACAAUCAUCCGAACACAAUAACAUGAAUCAGAGAGAGCAACGCUGAAUCCUUCUAAAACUGAGCUGAACUGUUGGGUCUGUCCUAGAACUGGACUCUUAACUAGAACUGUAUUCUUUGCACUCUCAGAAUGGUAGAACUGAAGCUGAGUGAGACAAGCCUAUUCCAGCAGACAGUGGCAUUGUUCUGGAAGAACCUGCUUCUAAAAUGGAGGAGGAAGUGGCACAGCACCUUGGAAUGGCUGCAGAACUUGGCCUUUGUGUUCCUGAUGUUUCUAACAGUUGCUAUAGAGUUAUAUGGACCCACAUCUGAUAUUGAUCUAUCCCCUGCUUGGGUUCUUGGCCGUUUGGAUGCGUUUAACAAUUUGUCUGUUGGAUAUGUACACACUACUUCUACAUCCAGGGAUAUCAUGGAGAAGGUGGCCAAAGGCAUCAUUGUACCUGAUAUAAAGGUCCAAGAAUUUGCAGAUGAGGAGGAGCUAAUAGAGGCUGUAAGUAAUAUGUCAAUGGUUGCAGUCACCUUUGUGGAUGAAUUCAGUUACCAUAUCCGAUACCAACUGCCCAAAAGGAAACAUCCAAAUGAUUACUUUGCUUAUAUGGGUAAUUGUGGAGAUGACCUGUCAUACUGCAAUCCUACAUAUUACUGGUCAGAGGGCUUCCUUUCGCUGCAAGCAAGUAUUGACUCUGCUAUUAUUGAUCUUACCAGCAAUCAUUCUGUAUGGAACAAUAUGGCAUCCAUUGUGGCAAUUAAGAUGAAAUCUGCUGAACGAUCAUAUAAAGUACUGGCACAUGUUGCAUCAUUUAUAUUUGUUAUGCCCAUGUGCUAUGUCUCUCUGAUGUACCUAUUAUCCCAGUAUGUGACAAGAGAGAGGUAUGAAAUGAAGGAGACACUAAGGCUGAUGAGGCUGCAAGACUUAGCAUUUUGGUUAUCCUGGGGAUUGCUUUAUUCCUGUUAUGUAUUUAUAGUGGCCAACCUGAUGACUCUGGUGACAAAGCCUUUUGUAUUUAUAACAAGUUCCUAUGGCAUCAUCAUGUUUAUGUUCUUCCUUUAUGGGGUCGCUCUGAUGUCAUUCACCUUCAUGCUGAGCGCCCUAUUUAGGAAUCCCAGAGCAACCGCCAUUGCUGGGUUUUUCAUCACACUCUUACUCUCUGCAUUGGGUCUCAUACUCCUAUCCAAGCAUGUUCCUAAAUCAGUUGAAGUCCUAUUGAGCAUCUUCCCACAGUUUGCCUUCGCAGUUGGAAUAACGCAGAGUGUUCAUAUGGAGAAUGAUCAAGAAGGCGUCUAUUUCUCAGACCUGACGGGGGGUUCCUCUCACAUGUUAUCCUGCUUUAUCAGUCUUGUUCUUGAUUCUGUAUUUUACAUGGGCCUGACAUUGUAUUUUGAGAAAGUCCUGGCAGAUAAACAUGGAGUAAAGCACGAGCCCUUGUUUUUCCUGAAAGCUUCUUAUUGGUCCAAAGAGAAACCGUCUCCACUAAUGGCACAAACUGACGAUAGCGGUGAAUCUUCCUUGGGACACUUUGUUGAAAAGGUCCCUGCUGAUUUACAUGGAAAAGAGGCCAUCAGAAUUCAUGGAGUUAAGAAAACCUACUAUGACAAAGACAAGAACACGGAGGCUUUGAGAGAUCUAGAUCUAAAUAUCUAUGAGGGGCAGAUUACAGCCCUGCUUGGUCAUAGCGGAGCUGGCAAAACAACUUUACUGAAUAUUCUUAGUGGAAUGUGCCCUACUUCUGGUGGAUCUGCAACUGUCUGCAACUAUAAACUCUCUAACAUGAGGCAUUUGGGAGAGAUAAAGAAAAGGGUUGGAUUCUGCCCACAGGGUGACAUAAAGUUUGAUCCCCUAACUGUGAAGGAAAAUUUAACAGUCUUUGCAAUGAUCAAAGGGAUCCCAUCAAAAGAAGUAGCACAUAAGGUUCAAACCGUUCUGUCGGACCUGCAGAUGAAUGACAUUGAAAACAUAGAAGCUAGUAAAUUAAGUGGUGGACAAAAAAGAAAACUAACUUUUGGAAUUGCUAUUUUAGGAGAUCCACAGGUCCUACUUCUUGAUGAACCGACUGCUGGCUUGGAUCCCUGUUCCCGGCACAAUAUAUGGACCAUUCUGAAAGAAAGCAAAGCAGAUCGAGUCACACUCCUCAGCACUCAGUUCAUGGAUGAGGCAGACAUACUUGCUGAUCGAAAGGUUGUGAUCUCUAAAGGAAAGUUAAAAUGUGUAGGAACCUCCUUGUUUCUCAAGAGAAAAUGGGGCGUCGGAUAUCAUUUAAGGAUGCAAGUGUCUCCAUCAUGUGAUGUAGAACUCAUGACAUCGAUCAUUAAGCAGCACAUACCCAGUACUAAGCUCACAACACAAAAUGAAGAGGAGCUUACAUACACCUUGCCCUUUGAAAAUAUGGAUGUUUUCCCAGAUUUGUUUUUACAUUUGGAUGGCCAAGUAGGUAACAGCAUAGUCAACUAUGGAGUCUCCAUGACAACACUGGAUGAUGUAUUCCUAAAACUAGAAGGGGAAGGAGAAAUAGAAAGUGGAGAUUAUGAUGUUUUCAAUCCUGAGUCUAGGACAAAUGAAGAUAGAGAGGAUUUUUCAACUGAAAUGGAAGAGUCACUUUUACAAAUGUCGGACUCUGGAAAUGUGACACUAAGUGGCUGGGAACUGUGGAGACAGCAGGUGUUGGCUGUUGCAAGGAUUCGCUUGCUGAAGUUAAGACAUGACACUAAAAGCUUCAGAUCUAUAUUGUUACUUCUUGUUGUUAUUACUUUACCUCCGAUUAUAAUCAUCAUAACAUCUAACAUUGUCAAUACAUUUGAUGCUUGGGAACUCACUCCGCACCUCUACUUCCAAAGUCCUAGAAAUCGACUAAACAAAUACUACACAGAUCUGCUAAUUUGCAACAACACUGGUUCAUCUAUUGAAGACUUUGUUGGUGCAGUGAAGGAGCAGAAUAUCGAAGUGCAAGUGGUCAAUGGCGAAUAUGACACGGAAACUGUAAAGUACAGAGGAGCAAUUGAAGUUUCUCAAAUGGAAAAGGGCUACAAUUUUACCAUUGUGGCAAACCCCAAGGCAUUUAACUCACUACCAGUGCUGCUAAACAUCAUCAGCAACGCUCUUUUGAAGAUCCUCAAGGUCUCAGGACACUUCCGUGUGUGGAACCACCCAAUAACUACGGAUGGCACGGAUAUCAUUUUUUUACCAUAUAUGUCGCUGAUAUUUUUUAUCAUUUUUGCAUCGGCUUUUUGCCCUCACAUUGCAAUGAGCAGCACUGAGGACAACAGGAUCAAUGCCCGCAAUCAGCUGAGGAUUUCCGGUCUCUUUCCCUCUGCAUACUGGUUUGGCCAAGCGCUUGUGGAUGUCAUCCUUUAUUGGAUUUUACUCUUCCUGAUGGUGGCCAUAUACUUUGCAUUUAACAGCUACAUUUUAUUGGAUUUUGUCCCUGCUAUGGUGAUGAUCAUUGGCAUCAUAGGAUAUGGCACAGCAAUGGUCCUCUAUGUUUAUGUCAUCUCCUUUAUUUUUGGAAGAGGAAAAAGUCACACUGAUAGCUGGUCAUUAUUCUUUGUUAUAACUUCUACUUUUCCAGUUAUGUUUAUGGAUGUGUUCAUGUUUCGCCUGUUCACUAUAUACUACUUUGUUUUUCCUGCGAGUGCACUAAGUGGAAUCAUGGAAUACACUUAUCGGCUUCAGGUUUUUCCAGGUGGAUCAGAAUAUACAGCUCUUAUUGAGCAGUGUACACCUUACCUGCAUAUCAUCAUAUUCUUUGUGUUACUUUGGUUCCUGGAAUGGAAGUUUGGAUUGAGAAGCCUGACAAUAGAUCCCUUAUUUAGAAUCUCCAGAAGAAAGAUUACCACCAAGAAAAAUCCAGAGGAGCUGGGUAAUGAUGUGGAUGAAGAUGUGCUGGCAGAGAAAGAGAGAGUAAAAAAGGCAGCAACCAUCGCCAAUGUGGAAGAGAAACCAGUGAUUAUUGCUGACAGUCUUCGCAAAGAGUAUAAAGUCAAGAAAGGAGGAUCCUUUUUCAAGAAGAACAAAAGAGCUGCCACUAAAAAUGUCUCCUUUUGUGUAAAGAAAGGGGAAGUCCUGGGACUGUUAGGGCCAAAUGGAGCUGGAAAAACCACAUCCAUGUACAUGCUGGCUGGAGAAGUAAAGCCAACUGCGGGAGAGGUACUACUCUGUGGAAAUGACCCAGUUGGGUCCACUGGCUUUCUUGGCUACUGUCCCCAAGACAAUCCUCUAUGGCCCAAUCUGACUGUGAAAGAACAUUUAGAAAUCUAUGCAGCUGUUAAGGGCAUGAAGAAGGAAGAUGCCAGCAUUGCAAUCAAUCGAGUUGCAUCAGCCUUGGAGCUUAAGGAGCAUAUGGGAAAAGCAGCCAGAAAACUGUCUCUUGGGGUGUCCAGAAAGGUAUGCUUUGCCAUAAGUAUGUUAGGUAACCCCAAUAUUGUCCUUCUGGAUGAACCUUCAACUGGGCUGGACCCCAAAGGUCAGCAGCGACUUUGGAGAGCAAUAAGAGCAGCUUUCAAAAAUAAAGACCGAGGGGCAAUUCUGACCACUCACUACAUGGAGGAAGCUGAGGCUGUUUGUGACCGAGUGGCCAUCAUGGUGUCUGGGAAGCUCAGAUGCAUUGGAUCAAUCCAACAGCUGAAGAGCAAGUUUGGAAAAGGCUAUCUUCUGGAGAUUAAAGUAAAAGAGUCUCACCAAGUGGAUCAGAUUCACAAUGAGAUAAUACGGAUAUUCCCCCAUGCAGCGAGGCAGGACAGAUUCUCUUCCCUGCUUGUCUAUAAGAUUCCCAUGGAUAAUGUGCAGUCCUUGUCCCAAGCUUUUCUACUGCUGGAGGAAGCUAAACGUGCCUAUAACAUCGAGGAAUACAGCUUCUCGCAGUCUACUUUGGAACAGGUAUUUAUUGAGUUGGCCAAAGAGCAGGAGAAGGAGGACUUUGAGCUGAACAACACAUUUCAAUGGAGACACUUGAGGACAGAGAGUAUCUAAGGAAACAUCAACACUUAGACAUGUGUGCACAUUUUUGGCCAAGAAGACAAACUUUUAUACCUGUUCAUGGCAGGUUUUAAGCGUUAGUUUUCUUAAUAUUUAGAACCCCCAAAAAUCUCAUAAUGGAAAGUAAAUUUAAAGACCUUGAACUGAA